AAAGUUUUUCCUAUCUUAGUAUCUUUUCUAGACCAGAAUCAAUCCAAUCUUCUUGGAGCAGGAACUCAGCUCAGCCGUUCAGAUUAAAGAUGAAAUCAAGGAUAGCCUCAAGUGCAGCUGUAAGUGAAGUUCUUAAUGUAAACAAUUAUUUGGUUUGGAAAGUUCAAGUGAGAACCUAUUUGAUUGCUCAAGAUCUUUGGGACAUUGUUCAAGCAACCAACAAACGACCUAAAUUAAAAAAUGAUAAAGCUGCUUUCAAGGCUUGGAACAAGAAGAAUGCCAUGGCUUUACAUGUGAUCCAAAUUUCAUGCCCGCAACGGAUAUGUCAUGUGAUUAGUCUGAUUACUUCCGCCAAAAUUGCUUGGGAAACUUUGGAAUCAAUAUGCAGCAUCCCCAAAAGUGAUUAUUUUGUACCAGAGGAGGAGGAGGAGGAGGAGGAAAGUUAUGUGGCUUGGAGUGAGCGGAUGAAAACAUUUUUAAUGAAUCAUGAUCUUUGGAACAUUGUUGAAACAACCACCGAACCAACUACACCUUCUUGGAGCAAGAAGAAUGCUUUGGCUUUAUAUUUGAUCAGGGAAUCCUGCAGGCAGGAUAGAUUUUCUUUGAUAGAGAAGAUUAGUAUGGCUAAAAUCGCUUGGGAUACCAUUGCAGAGAUGAGCAAGUCUAGUGUUGACCUAGAGAUUGUAGAGAUGAGCAAGUCUAGUGCUGACCCAGACUCAGGGAUGGAGAACGAUGAGAACGGUCUCUUCAGUAAGUAUGUAUCCUUUGAAAAACAUAUCCGCAAAGGUGAAUGGGAUGCUGCUAAUCAGUUCAUUAGCUCCAAUCCGGAGGCAGUGAUUGCACAAAUUUCAAUCUCUGGAAGUACGGCUCUACACAUUGCUAUCUUUGAAGGACAUCUGAAUAUUGUGAAGGAGUUGGUAAAGAUAAUGUCGGAAGAAAACUUAAAAAUAAAAGAUACAGAUAAUUGUACUGUUCUAGGUUAUUGUGCUAUGGUUGGAAACAUCCAGAUGGCAAAAUGUAUAAUUGGGAAGAGCCGGACCUUACUUAGCAUUGGAAAUGGAAGCGAUGACCUCAUUCCAGUAGUGCUAGCUCUUAUGUAUAACCCCAAUGGAACAGAAAUGGCGCGCUAUCUCUAUUCUGAAACUCCUAAAGAAAAUCUAAUGCCAAGAAGUGGCAUCAACGGUGCUAUGUUUGUUACCCGGGCUAUUUAUUCCAAAGCUAUUGAUUUGGCUUUGCAAUUACUCGAGCGUUACCCUGAGUUGGCUAUCGCUCUGGAUUGCCACGAGCGGUCUCCUGUGGAAGUAUUGGCUGGCAGGUCUUUCGCAUAUCGGAGCGGAAAUCGGCUCGUAUAUUGGAAACAGUGGAUCUACAACAGUAUAUGCAUUCCACCGGCUCAUGACACCAACCAAAUUCCAAUAAGCGUCCAAAAAUCAGAGAUGGAAAAAUGCGGUCAAGCGAGAAAUAUCAGAUCAGCUCGAGGAUCUGUUUGGAAUCUCCUUAAAUUCCUGGAAAUCAAUCAAAUAUAUGAAUUGAAGCUUCUUCACCACCAAUCCAAAAAACUUUUACUUUGCAUGUGCGAUGUAUUACAAGGUUUGAAUGUUCAACAACUAGAAAAAGAAAAAGGUAAGGUUACUGAAGCCAUGAUCAAAGCUGUCAAGCAAGGGAGAGUUGAGUUUGUUACCGAAAUACUGAAAGCAUGUCCUGACCUUGUAUGGUCUCUUGAAAAAUACACGAAUCGACACUUAAUUAAUUUUGCCGUUCUUCAUCGUCAGCAUGAAGUACUUCGCCUCCUAUGCAGAUCACCUGCAAAGAACAAAUUAUUUGCUACGGUAGAUAGCGAUAAAAAUAGCAUAUUACACUUCGCAGCGAUGUUAGAACCUUCUGCUAGACGUAAUACGGUUCCAGGAGCAGCUUUUCUUAUGCAAAGAGAAGUACAAUGGUAUAAGGAGGUGGAGAGCAUUGUCCAUCCUUCCAUGUUAGAAUAUAAAAACACAAAUGGUAAAAGACCUCGAGAAUUGUUUAGAGAAAGCCAUAAAGAGUUGGUGAAAGAAGGAGAAAAAUGGAUGAAGGGGACAGCAUCUUCUUGUACAGUGGUAGCUGCUUUGAUUGUUACCAUUAUGUUUGCAGCAACAAUUACUGUUCCAGGUGGCAACAUACAAGAUUCAGGCUUGCCAACCUUCUUAAAUGAGAAGGUUUUUAUGGUAUUUAUAAUAUCUGAUGCUUUGUCUCUACUUUCUGCCUCAACUUCAUUGUUGAUGUUUCUUGGCAUCCUCACAUCACGUUAUGCAGAGAACGAUUUCCUUAAAUCCUUACCCAAAAAGAUGAUAGUAGGCCUUUCCACCCUUAUCCUCUCCAUAGCCACCAUGAUGAUAACCUUUUGUGCUUCUCUUUUUAUUAUUCUACCAGAAAAAUCACAAGUGGUCAUUCUUGUCAUUUGUCUUGCUAGUGUUCCAGUUACCCUAUUUGCAUGGAUGCAAUUUCACCUUCUUAUUGACAUGGUCAUUUCAACGUAUGGAUCAAGGACCAUAAACAAGAAAGUGAAGUAUGGGUCGUAAGUUAUUUGUGGUGCAAGUUGAUGUUAGAUAUUAUUAUUUUUA